UUUUCUACCACCUCUCGCCAUCGAUAUUUUGUGGCAUUCUAACGGAAAGACUAAGAACGCCUGCUCCGGCACCCCCCACUAACGGAACACGCCUCGACAGAGGCGCGUCGCUACCGACGCUAUCGCUUCCGCAGCUGUUCACUCUGCCGGCAAGUCACGGUGAACAGCAAUUAAGAGAUUUGAAUGCGACACCCACUCCAACUUAGGAAAGAUAUGUGAAUGCGCUACUUGUUUUCUGCAGUUAAGCCAUCUGCUGCAUAAACGCUGCCUAAAAUUCUGGCGUUGCUGUCAAGUCAAAGGCUCUCUAGGGUGACGGCACCAUCCUCAGGUGGACAACAGGUAGACAUUAUGGCAAGGAUUAGCGUUGUCCCGAUCCGUUUGAUAACGAUGGGCUCUUUGUUUUUCGUCGUCGUAGUGCUCAUGUCCACUACGGCGUUACGGGCUGAGGGGACGAAUGGAGCCCCUUCUACGAAGAUCUGCAACGCAGACGCGGCAGCUAAAGGGGGUAUAUCCGUUGAAGUUGACCCAGCAACCAAGAAGGUCUCAUUUAGUUGUGGUACCGAUAUGGGCAACGUGUUGCCGUUGCCGGGAGACAAUAACACCAUCACAAAGUGUUACUCGAGAGUAAAUCUCCAGGGCGAGACGCCCCUCGCCGAGCAUUUCGGCGAAGGAUCGAAAGCCAAUGUCAAAACGGCAAGCACAACAUCGGGCACGAGUGCAGAAGUCUCGCUGACAGUGGGAAAGCUCCCUGAGAUGACAGAUACCAUCUACUUCGCUUGCAGCACCACACCGGCAUCGGGGGCAAACCGGGCGCCAACGGGGGAUCCGUCUCAGAACUCUGAUGGAAACAGAGGCAAAACAAAAUGCGUCGUCACGGUGACAGUUCCCGCUGAUCCAAAUGCCAACACAUGCACCGUUGCGAAGCAGAGUAUGACUCUGAUGAUCACGAGGGAUUCCAAGACUGUUUCGUUCCUGUGCGACAUGGACAUUGCCACUCUUCUUCCUCAAGACUUUUCUCAUGAGAUACUCGAUGAGUCGUGUCAGGAAAAAGUGAAGCUGGCAGACGUGCUGCCAUCCGCCACGCUUCAAGAAACGAGCUCAGCCUACGUGUUCAGUGUAAAAGAGCUGCCUAAGACUGAAGCUACUUACUGCUACAAGUGCUCGCCCCUUGUUGAUUCUGGUGACACUGCAGAUGGGAAGAAAAACGCAUGCACUGUCAAGAUACGUGUUUCAGCAUCGAGCGGCGAAAAUUUAUCUGUCUCUGUCACAGCGGGGUCUGUGUGCGCUCUUGUUUUUGGUUUAUUUGUUUCAUCCGUUUUUUCCGCAGUACCUCUCUAAAAUAGGUUCAAUCCCGUGAACUCAAAAGACGACGAGCGUUCGGACGAAGUCUGCGGGGUCUCCGCAAGUCAACGGACAAAGCAGUUUGGGGCGGGAACGAGGACAGGGAAGUUCUCGGACGGGAGCCAUGUAACCCGGAGCAGAAAACGAGCGCGUGCUUUGCAUAGCAUGCUUGUUACAGUGUAUACCGAGAGGCGCGAAGCUUAAAAAGUGAGGGAGGAACCAGGCUGAUGGAUUUAGAAGAGUGGGAAGUGCCCGGCAUGUCGAGCGUCUGUGCAUAUCUGAGGCAGUGCCCAUGCGUCCGUUAGAGAAACAUCAAAACAGCGUAUGCAAAUCAGCCAGGUGUGCUGUAAGGUCCUGCAAUUUGCCGGGAACUUCUUUAAAUGAUACCCUGUGCAUGCCCCGAUUUCGCUUGUACAGCAACUGAGUUGACAGCUCACCGGGCAGCCACGCUACCUUUGCAUGGGAUUGUGUACAUCAUUAGGAUUACGUGAAAAUAUGUACCAACAAGCUUUGUCGUCGACCAUCCUUCCUUCCAUAGAGAACGGGUGUGGAUACGGUUAAAGGCGUUCCAAGAGCGUGUAAUAUAACAGUUGUCUAAAUGUUUUGAAUGGCGAUCCAAAACAUGCAAAAGUGGUGGCGCCUUUUGUGUUGGCCGCAAGCGGUGGACUUCCUUGAUAUCUUGUAGGCCUUCCCUGCAUCAUGCUUUCAGGGGGUUUGAGGGAUCUAUUUUUUGUCAAUGCUGAAGCAACAGUGUUUUGACAAGCUCUCCAGUCAGGUGCGUCACCAAACGCUGCAAACGCUUCAGGCUGGCUAUCUUCUCUGUACCGCACGCGCUCUGAUGCCAGGAAGAAAACUGGAAAAUUGUGUUGGUAUGCUUGUCUUUACUAACCUCUGCUGUUAGUGCGCUUGCAUUCUAAAGCUAUCGUUGCAGGGGUAGCGCAGGGUAAACAACUUUAGUUCCUAUUUUUCUAUUGUACCAAUUGUAGAACACUCGCGAGGGUGGCCAUUGAGGAGUAUAUUGUGAAUGGUCUCACGUGUUGCCACGAUGCCAUGACGUGGCAGCACGCAUCUACUUGCCACACGGGCCACCAUCCAUUACACAAGCACACGUCUCAAUAGAUAACUAUGCAGCAUUUCAAAGGUAAUGAUGGGCAAGGGCGCGCAGUAAACAUCGGGAUUCAGUUGCUUGUGUCUCAUCCUUCCCAUGGCUUGGCCUUACACUUUUGGGCGAGCGCUGGCCUUGGCGUGUCGACUGAGAGAAAGUUAUUAGAUUCGUGAAUAUUCCAGUGACAUAAGUGUCAUGAAUCGUUUACAUAUCCGGCAUCGCAGAUCUGCUUCAAUUGAAAAGUAACACACCAAUCUUUAUGCACAAGCACUUGCUUCAGCUGCGACAAAUUUCGUAAGAUACUCGCAUUUUUCAGCCUUCUUCUUGGCCUCCUGAGCUAUAACGACCGAUGUGUCGCCUCGAGUGGCUCUCAGGUCUUCUGGAAGAAUGGUGUACUUAUGAAAAGUGCUGCUACAGCAAUUCAGAGAAUGUAAACAAUUGAGGGUGACCGUCUUCAUGUAAGACCAACAGCCCUUCCUCGAGUUUCCUCCCGCCCCCCCCCCCGACCCUGGCUGGCUCAUCGUGGCAUCGACCGCCUGAGUUUGUCCAUUCCGCAACUGUCCCGCCUCAAUUGGACUAAACAGAGUGGACAAUGGGAGUGCCAAAUAUAGUGCCUACCGGGCUCAUCGGGCAGCGGAAAUCCACAGAGAUAUGACUGGGGCAAUACUUAGCUUCUGCGAUCGUGAGCUGUUUUAUGGAAGGUCUGAAAACAAACAUCGG